AUGACUCCACUGAGGAUCAGCACUGGCAAUGAGUCUAUUCCACCAGAUGUCGUGGAACCUAUUGCAGUGGUUGGGCUGGCUACCAGAUGUCCCCAGAGCGCCACGACCACAGAAGCCCUGUGGGAUACUCUAGUCCAAGCUCGCACAACGUGGUCUGAGAUACCCGAAGAAAGAUUCAACGCUGCCGCAUUUUACCAUCCUGACCCAGAGCAUGGUGGGACGUUCCAUGUCCAAGGGGGCCAUUUUCUCUCAGAGGAUCCUGCCCAUUUCGAUGGAUCUUUCUUCAACAUUACCAAGACCGAACUUUUGACUCUAGACCCCCAACAGAGAUUGGUGCUGGAAAACGUCUACCAUGCCCUCGAAAAUGCGGGUAUUCCAAUGAAGACCGCCGUUGGCUCCAACACCUCUGUUUUUGUCAGCGGGUUCAAUCAUGAUUACUUGGGAAUUUUGAAUUCAGACCCAGAGACUGCAUUGAAGUACAAGCCAACCGGCGUGGUCAAUGCAAUCUUGUCAAAUAGGGUCAGUUGGUUCUUUGAUUUCAAAGGACCCAGUAUGACGAUCGACACCGCUUGCUCUAGCAGUCUAGUAGCCCUACAUUUAGCGGUUCAAAGUCUGCGGGCGCGAGAGACUACCAUGGCUGUGGUUAGCGGGGUGAGCAUCCUGGAGAAUCCAGUGGAGACAAUUGGGAUGAGCCACCACGGCUUACUCGGAACUCAAGGCCGGUGCUUCAGUUUUGACUCCCGAGCAGAGGGCUAUGCUCGUGGGGAAGGCGUGGGUACCGUGGUUUUGAAGUCUCUAAGUACUGCAAUCCGAGACGGUGAUACAAUCCGUGCAGUGAUCCGUGAAACUGGGGUCAAUCAAGAUGGCCGGACAUCUGGAAUCACUGUACCAAGCAGUGAAGCCCAAGAGAGAUUGAUUCGAGAAGUAUACUGGAGAGCCGGAUUGACCAUGGAACAAACUCGAUUUGUUGAGGCCCAUGGCACUGGGACUAGCACUGGUGAUCCGAUUGAAGCAGGGGCUCUCGCAAAGGCAUUCAGGUGUCGUAGAGAUACGCCCCUCUACAUUGGAACCAUCAAGUCCACAAUCGGUCACCUGGAAGGAGGUUCCGGGGUGGCUAGCCUUAUCAAAUCUAUUUUGAUUCUCGAGUCGGGAGUUAUUCCACCCAACUUCGAUAUGCAACAAGUCAAUUCCAAGGUCCCGGCUGCAGAAUGGAAUAUUUCAUUUCCACAAGAGGUCUUACCAUGGCCAUCGGAAGGUCUGCGCAGAAUUUCUGUCAAUUCAUUCGGCAUUGGGGGCUCCAACGCCCAUUGUGUUUUGGAUGAUGCCUACCACUAUCUGCACAGUCGCCGCAUGUCAGCCUUUCACAAAACAAAAACAUUGGUUCCGAAAACCAUUUAUACCAAAGAUCGAGCCCUGUUUCUGGGUCAGCUCAAAAAUGACGAGAUUGACAGUGGAUCUGACUCUCUCGACGAGGCUGAUCAUCCGCGACGUGGCGUUGUUUUUGACAGACCUGAAACCCCUGGAACAGAUGGCUCCUCUAUAUCCCCAGAAUUGGAGCCAAUAGGGUCACGACCAAGUCAUGUGGAUGUUCCUAGGAUAUAUUUACUGUCAGCGUUUGAUGAGGAUGGCAUAAAGAGAAUGGUUGGGGACUACUAUGAGUACCUCACUUCCAUGUUGACUAGGCCGAAAGAUACCAGGUUUCUUCUAGAAGAUCUUUCUUUUACCCUCUCGAAGAAGCGCUCAGUAUUUCCAUGGAAAAGCUUCAUAACAGCGUCCACUGUUAAAGAGCUUGCAUGGAAUUUAUCCGAGGACAACUUCUCUAAGCCGAUUCGGGCACCAUAUGCGCCCAAAAUUCAAUUUGUUUUUACUGGCCAAGGGGCGCAGUAUCGAGCCAUGGGAAGCGCUCUUCUGGUGUACCCGGUGUUUCGAGAAUCGUUCGAAGAGGCAUCGGAAUAUGUUCGUCGACUGGGUAGUCCCUGGUCCCUUAUUGACGAACUCCUUACAGACGAGAAGUCUUCUCGUAUUAGUCUUCCGGAGAUUGCGCAUCCAGUUUGUACUGCAUUGCAAGUUGCACUUGUGGAUCUUCUAGCCAGCUGGGAUAUAUUCCCUUCGUACGUGACAGGUCACUCAUCUGGUGAGAUAGCUGCUGCAUACUCCGCUGGCAAGAUUUCUCGAGAGGGAGCUUGGAAAGCUGCAUACUACCGCGGCUAUGUCUCAUCAAAAUACCAUGCCGCGAAAGGUGCAAUGAUGGCGGUUGGAUUGAGUUCAGACAAGUUAGAGCCAUAUCUGGAAGGCGUCCGCAAAGACCAUCCUGGUGAGCUUAUUAUUGCCUGUUACAACAGUCCAAAGAAUAGUACUGUUUCUGGAGAUGAGGAGCUUGUUGACUGCCUGAAGGAGCGCUUGGGGGCUGAGAACAUUUUUGCACGAAAACUGAAUGUUCAAAAUGCCUACCACUCUUGUCAUAUGGAACCAAUUGCUGAUGACUACCGUCGUUUGAUGGGAAACCUCUCAUCGGGCAGGAGAUUGGCCGUACCACACUCCGUUUACAUGUUUUCAACUGUUACAGGAUCAGAAGCUACCACGGAUAGUCUCACUGCUCAAUACUGGGUUGAUAACAUGGUAUCUCCAGUCCGAUUUACAAGCGGAUUAAAGGCGAUGAGCUCUCGAUCAAUAGAAGAUUUGUCUGCUGAAGGGCUUUCCGAUGUGCAAUCUUUUGUUGUGGAGAUAGGUCCUCACUCAACACUUCAAAGUGCGAUCAAAGAGACAUUGACAACCGACAAUGCUCAGGCGAGUCAUAAGUACUUAUCGGUGUUGAAACGCAGUGAUCCUAGUUUGAACGCGUUGCUCACCACGGUGGGACAUCUGGCCGCCAAUGGUUGUCAGGUUGACUUGCAUAAGGUGAAUCAUGCAUCUCGGGAACGCUCUCUAAGACAGGCGAGACUCCUCAUCAACCUCCCGCCAUACAAAUUCAAACACACUGAAAGGAUCCUAUAUGAAAGUCGGCUCAGCCGGAAUUUGCGAUCCAGAAAGUUCCCAAGACACGAUCUCUUUGGUGCACCCGUUUCUGACUGGAAUCCCGAUUCCCCUAGAUGGCGACAUUUCAUUCGAUUGAAUGAGAAUCCCUGGUUAAGGGAUCAUGUGGUAACGGGUAACUUUGUUUAUCCUGGAGUGGGGUAUCUUAUCAUGGCUAUCGAAGCUUCUCGGCAGUUGUAUCACGACAAGAAAAUCGAAGGAUUUCGGCUUCGGCGAGUUUCAAUAAAUCGUGCCUUGAUAAUUCCCGAUGACAAGUAUGGCAUUGAAGUGAGCCUUUCUAUGACCACUACAGAUGGUCCAUCUGAUCUCCGAACUUGGCGUCGUUUUCAGAUUAGCUCUUUCAACGAGUCUAGUGACGCUUGGAUUGAACACUGCACGGGCUACAUUGCGGUCGAACAUUUGACGGAGAAUGAUCGUCGCGCAAAUGCGCGUCAAAGAGAUGAGGAGAUCCGGGACUGGAAGCUGGAUCUUGAAAAAGCGUGCCGUCUGUGUACUCAGGCUAUUGAGUUUGCCAAAACGUACGACAGCCUUGAGAACAUUGAGCUCAAAUUCGGUCCACUUUUCAGGAACCUUGGAGAUGUGCAGAUAAGUGGUUCGAAGCUUGGAAUUAUGACUGGUGUGGUGACAGUUCCCGAUAUUGCCCAGGCCAUGCCAGUGCAGUAUUUACACCCUCAUUUGAUCCACCCGGCUACAAUGGACAGUAUGAUACACAUGAUGAUAGCUGGCGCCAUUGAUUUCAUCGGCCAGCCGAGUCUCGAUCAUAUUCGACUUCCCACAUACGUGAGGGAGAUGUGGAUCUCAUCUUCUCUAAGCUCUGCCCCAUCUUGCAAGUUUGAAGGAAAUUCAUCUGUGUCUAGUUCUGGAUCUGGGAAGCUGGAAGGCCAGAUUCGUAUUAUGGACAUGGAAGGAAAUCCUCAGAUCCAAAUGGACGGUAUUGAGCUAACACCUCUUGAGUCAAGUUCGCUCAAGAAUGACGAGCGAAAAGUUUGCACUAGCAUCGAAUGGAAACCUGAUGUUCGUUUCAUCAAUUCCGUCAAAGCAUGCAAAUGGAGUUCCUGUCCAGUGGCCGAUGAUGAGGAGCAUCGCUACUGGAUAAAGCAACUCCAAAUUGCAUCAAUGCUUUAUGUUUGUGAUGGCCUGAGUGAGCUUAGUGGACUUGACAUAAAUAAGCUUGAACCUCACAUGAGGAAAUUUUAUCAAUGGAUGGUCCACUAUCAAGGGAUGUUAGAGGAGGAUAAGAUCAUACACUUGCCUUACGCAGAGUUUAAAGCAGUUCGCCAUGACGAUGUUGCGAAACAGGCCAUCUUCAGUGAAAUUGAAGCACAUAGCGCUGAAGGGGCCAUCACAGCUCGAAUUGGGCGCAACAUCGCCGCCAUAUUGCGGAGAGAGGUCGAUCCUCUUGCCUUGAUGUUUGGCCAGGACAAAGUUAUGGAAGGAGUUUAUAAAGAAGGCCUUCAUUUGUUUGACCUCCCGGGACACCUAAAAAGCUACCUUUCCCUUCUACGCCAUCAACACUCAGGACUGAGGAUACUUGAGAUCGGCGGUGGCACUGGUAGCUUCACAUCGGAAGUCUUCAAAAUCUUGGCACCAGGAGGAAAUCCAGCCGGAGGGAACAUCUCAAGCUAUACGUUUACCGAUAUCUCCGCUGGUUUUUUCGAAAAGGCGAAGAAAAGGUUCCAUGCUUGGAGGGACAUUAUGUCAUUUCAAACACUCAAUAUUGAGAAAGGUCCCAAGGUUCAGGGCUUUGAAUGCGGGAGCUACGAUUUGAUUUUUGCAGGAAAUGUCAUUCACGCAACCAAGAAUCUUCAUGAGUCUCUAAAACAUCUGCGAUCGUUACUUCGACCCGGCGGACAACUCAUUAUGCAAGAGGGUAUUAGACAAGAUUUCUUAUGGUAUCCUCUUGUCUUCGGUCAACUGCCUGGUUGGUGGUUUGGCGAUGAGCCUAUUCGAGAGUGGUGUCCAUACAUUCCAGCGUCUGCGUGGCACACUUUGCUCACUGAAUCCGGAUUUUCUGGAGUUCAAAUCGAAUACCCGAGCUCGACUGACAAAGAUCUGACCUGGCAGAGCAUCUUGGUUUCUACGGCUAUCUCAAAUGAAAAUUGUGUUGCCCCCAGUGCUUUCAUUCUUACCUGUGGAUCCAAGGGACUGGAAGCCACCGUGAAUCACUUAAGAGAUACUAUGAAACACAAUUUUCCCAGUGUGGCAGUCAUAAAUCUAUCCAAUUUGGAUCGUGUGCUAAGUACGAACAGCCUUUGCAUUAGUUUGAUUGACCUUGAAGCGCCAUUCUUCUUUGGCACUAAUGCAUGCGACUUCAAUGUAAUCAGGGAGCUACUUACAGAGUGUCAGAACAUUCUCUGGGUGAUGCCUGAUCCUCAUAAGCAGCCAUUGUCUAGUAUGAGCUUGGGAGUCGUUCGAACAGCUCGGUAUGAACGAAAUUCCGAUGAAUCCAACAUAGUGGCCUUGACUGUUGCAGACCAGAAGGGCAAUCUUGAUGAUAGUUUUGCCCAUUGCAUUAAUCAAAUUAGCCUGCAUCAAUUUUUGGGUGAUUCUCACGCCGAAAGAAACGCCGAGUACCUCUUGCGCGGUGGGAUAGUAUAUACUAGUCGUCUUCAUGAGUGGGAGAGUGCCGACAAUUUUCUAAAUUCCAAAUCAUCUACCUCAUCAUCUCCUGAUCUCGUGGAGCUGGGGUAUGUGGAUCACCCCAUUGAAAUGAUGGCUACUUCUCCAGACUCACGCGAGCUAUGCUGGGUUAAAGAUUGCCAACAUGACAAGGAUCUGAGUGAAAAUGAUGUCGAAGUGAACACUCGUGCGAUUGCAAUUAGGGCAGAUUUCAAUUUUACGACUCCUUCAACUGAGGCUUCUGGUGUGGUGCAAAGAGUUGGCUCAGCAGUUAAUGGCAUCAUUCCAGGAGAUAAAGUUGUUGUUACAGGAGCAGGAGCCGACUCUCACUGCUUUAGAACGUUGAUCCGCGCUGACGAAGUGCGGGUUGUCAAGAUUCCAAAUGAUAUACCUCUUGAAAGUGCUGCUGGACUUACCUCCGUUUACGCAACAGUACUUUAUGGGCUCGCCGAGGUAGCUCAUCUACGUGAAACGGACACGAUCCUGAUUCAUAAUGGUGCGACAGCACUCGGACAAGGAGCUAUCCAGUAUGCGCGUAUGAUCGGGGCUACCAUUUACCUCACUGUGCCCACCAGUGACGAUGAAAAAUUCCUUCAGUCCGAGUACGACAUACCAACAGCCAACAUUUUCUCUAGCAAAGAUGCCAAUUUUGUUAAGAGCAUCGUGCGAUCUACAAAACACGUCGGGGUCGAUGUUGUUUUCAACACCCUGACUGGUGAGGCUUUGCAAGAGACUAUGGCAUGUCUCGCUCCGUUCGGUCAUUUCAUUCAUGUUUCGAGCAAGGCUACCCGUGUCAAUACCAUGAUUGACUUGGCUCACCUACUGAAAUGUGCAACGGUGACCACUAUUGAUAUAAAUAUGAUAAUUGAAAAACGGCCAACGCUGGUCGCUCGACUGAUUGACGAUACACUCAAGUUAUAUGUGGACGGGAAGAUCACCCCAGUCCGCCCUUUUGAUGUUAUGACUUUCUCGCAGAUAAAGGAUGGACUUGAGUCUGUGCAGCGCAAUGGGGGUAGAGGAAAAGCCGUUUUCGUCCCAAGCUCAUCAGAUAAGAUCUCUAUGAUUCCUGAUGUUAUGCAGCCAUUCAGGUUUAAUGAUCAGGCAUCCUAUGUCCUUGCUGGUGGAUUAGGAGGAAUAGGGCGUAGCGUGGCACUUUGGAUGGCUUCGCAGGGUGCCAAAAGUCUGAUCUUCCUAUCGAGAUCAGGACGUAUCACAGAUACUGUGAGAACAAUGAUGACGAGUCUUGAGGAGAUGGGAUGUCGUGCAAGUGUUUUUGCUUGCGACAUCGCCGAUGUUUCUCGUCUGAGAGCUGUUGUUGAAGAAUGCUCUACGUUAUUGCCGCCCAUCAAGGGUUGCAUCCAGGCCUCAAUGGUACUUCGAGAUGGAUCUUUUGCAGGAAUCUCUUUUGAAGACUGGCAGGUAGCUAUCGGGCCUAAGGUCCAGGGUUCUUGGAACCUACACGAAGUCUUACCUAGUGACCUAGACUUUUUUGCAAUGCUUUCCUCCGUCGCUGGGAUCUUUGGAAAUCGUGGUCAGUCAAAUUAUGCGGCCGGCAACACGUUCCAAGAUGCACUAGCAGCCUAUCGUACGGCACUGGGGAUGAAUGCAUGCAGCAUUGACCUUGGUAGUGUAUCCAGUGUCGGUUGGGUUUCAGAAAACCUAAGCUCGGUGCGAGGCCAGAAAGAUGCGCUAUUUCAACUUCUCAAUGAAGAAGAGAUUCACAAAGCGAUUGAAUUCAUGAUUGAUAGUCGUUUCAAGAAACAGAGUGGAAGUGAUAUUCUCGCUCCUUCGCAACUGAUUCUUGGCCUUCCGACGGCAGAAAUAUGUCGGCAACACAAUAUUCCCAAGCCAGCAUACCUGGACUUUGCGCUAUUUACACAUGUACGUAACGUUCUCAUGAGCAAGGCUACCGAAACAAACAGCGAGAAGAGCGUUAGUACUGCUUCUAAAAUCGCUGCGACAGGCAAUCUUAGCGAAACUGUGGAUGUGGUCUCGGCCGGGAUUGUCGAGAGACUAUCUUCGCUUCUUGCGAUUCCACCAUCUGAGAUAGAUGCCCAAAGAUACAGUUUUGGUGGCAUUGACUCAUUGGUGGCAAUGGAGUUCCUCGCCUGGAUUGUCAAGCAAUUGAUGGCUGAGGUCUCUUUGUUGGAUAUUAUGGGUGCACAGAACAUACGCGCACUAAGCGAGAAGAUUGCCCAAACUACACGAUUGACAACCUACUCCAAGGUCGACUUCCAUACCUACAAGUCCGAUGGCAAUCACCGCGAGCACCAGAUUAUGCAGCGUUACCUCCUCCAAGAUCCAAUGGACUACAAGAAAUAUAACACCCUCUGCGGAUCCAUGCGCUCGCUCGCCCACAAGCUCUCCCAGUUAGAUCCGGAGUCCGACCCCGUGCGCAGGAAGCUGGAAUCCGAGCUGCUCGACAAGUUGUGGCGUAUGGGUAUUCUGAAGCAAUCUCGAGAGCAAGGUGCUGCGUUAUCCCGUGUCGAGCGCGAGGUUACUGUUUCGGCAUUCUGUCGGCGACGCUUGGCUGUUCUGAUGGUCCGAUCGGGCAUGGUUGAGACUAUUAAGGCUGCUACGACUUUCAUCGAGCAAGGCCAGGUCCGCGUUGGAACUGAGGUUGUGAAUGACCCUGCUUUUAUGGUUACACGCAACAUGGAGGACUUUGUUACCUGGGUUGACUCUAGCAAGAUCAAGCGGAACAUUAUGCGGUACAGAGAGAAGCUCGAUGACUUUGAUCUUCUCUAA